UGUUGUAUACAUUUCUCUGACAUUAAAUUGUAUCUUUGAACCUUUGACUGUCUCUUUAUUUAUUGUCAUUGACCUAGCUUCCACAACCCUCAUAGAAGGGAAGUCAAAUAGGCAGAUGAGAGAAAGAAAAUACCACAGGGCAAUCGGGUAGAGUGGCUAUCUCCCAACCCCAGAAUCAAGGGAUUAAUCCUGACUCUGUGGAGUUUGUACAUUCUCUUGGAGACCCUGUGGGUUUUCCCGGGUUCUCCUGCUUCCUCUCGAAUCCCACUCUAGUCGGUUCACCGUCCACUCUAGAGUGCAGUUAAGUGGUACAAUCUGGGGUGGGAAUUAAUGGGAAUAUAGAGCAAAUACAACUGGCUCAAUGGUGUCCAUGAUAUGGCCUCUGAGAACUUCCCUGAACAGCACAAAAACUCUUUUAACAACCGGAAACUGGCGAUGGUUACAGGAUUGUGAUUUGGCAACAACGUGAACACUGGAGAUAGUUGUGCAGAUUCAUUCCAGGAUGCUGCCUGGAUUAGAGAGCGUUAACUGUAUGGAUAAGUGGGAUAAAUUUGUAUUAUUUUCUCUGGAACAUAGGAGAGUGAGCCUAGUGUGUGCUUUCAGUCUUUUUGUAUUUUCUGCCCAACAGAACAGGGGAAACUUGCAAAAGGCCCCAUCCCAUGCUUUUGUUGGUUGUAUGUGGAGGAAGCAGUGGACUGGAUUUGGAUGUUAUGUGUCCCACGUUUAUCACAGUGCAUGUUCUCACUUAGCGAACUGACCAGCAUCCGCUGAUGGCGCCCUCUAAUGGUACAACUCAUGAACAUUGACUCCUGCAAACUGUACGACAGUAACACUCCGAGGUGACAACAAAUUACAUUUAUAUUGCAUCAAAGUAGCCAAAUUAUCCCACUGCACAUCGAGAAUUGUUGCCAUAAGAAGUUGUCGCUAGAACGGUACAGCACAGGAACAGAGCAUGGCACCUGUAUGGGCUCAGAUUGCUGGAUUUGCCACAGUUCCUCAUGUUGGGGGAUUCUUGGGAUGGUAUGUUACAAGAUCACAAGUCCCUACGUGGUACGAGGGCCUGAAGAAGCCAUCAUGGUGCCCACCCAAUAAGGCGUUCCCUGUAGCAUGGACUGCAUUGUACACAGGAAUGGGCUAUGCUUCGUACCUGGUGUGGAAAGAACAAGGAGGUUUCACACGUGAAGCACUUGUCCCGCUUGGCCUCUAUGGGGUUCAGCUGGCUUUAAAUUGGACCUGGACUCCAGUAUUUUUUGGCGCACACAGACUAAAGCUGGCUUUGGCCAAUAUUCUUUGUCUGCACGGAGCUGUAAUAGCAACAAUGGUUUCCUGGUAUCCCAUCAACAGGACAGCCACGUUACUUAUGGCACCAUAUCUUGCCUGGCUGACACUUGCCUCAUCUCUUACCUAUUGUAUCUGGAGGGACAACCCUGGAAAGAAAAAUGAGUGAGCAGGCAGUGCAGUGGGUGGAGUACCUGCCUGUCGUGGUCCUUCCAACCUAGUCUGCUUAACACAAAGGACAAAAUUGCUGGGGAGAAUAUGACUGCUGUGCUUUUAUUUUUGGUUUGUGAUACAAUAGAAUACAGACUUGAAAUUGC